AUGUAUGCAAGGCAUUCCCCUUCUAAGAACCAUGCGGUAGCACCUACUUCCCGUGACCACUCUCAGAGAAGGACUCAUGCUGCUCAGCGUACUGUGGAUAGGGUCCCGUGUAACCUUAAGAGGGUGGUUUUUGAGAGCUCGCAGGAGAGGUUUGAGCAUCAUAUUCGACCAGAGCAUGUGUUGCCUUCUGCGGCUGGUCACGACAGUGAUGACGACGACUUCAUGCCCAUUCCCAACACCCGUUCAUCCUCACACAUCGACAAAUCUAAGGAUGUUGGUCCGAGGAAAACUAGACAAACACGAGCAGGAUUGUCGACUGGUGCAUGUACAGAGGCAAGACAAAGGAAAAAGAGAGCUACCAGCCGUUCUUCCAUUGUAAAUGUUCGGUGCAAUCCCAGAGAUGUUAUUUUCACCACUAAGUUGUUGAACCCACAACAAUAUGCUGCUAUCGAAUCUGAUGGGUUUGGUCAUUUGCUGAGAAUGAAGAUCGAUGCCGUAGAGAACAAGAAUCCGCUAACCUGGCUAUUAGACCACACUGACCCUGAUCGUAUGCUAAUUAGGAUUGGUGCAGGCAAGGUCAUUCCGAUCACCCCACAAAUAAUUAACAUGGUUCUUGGUUUGCCUAUACGUGGUGAAAACUUCAAGCAAUACUUAUGGAAGGAAGGUAUCAUAUUUCGCCAGCAGCUUAUCUAUGAUCUUAACCAAAGUCUCACUAAAGAUUGUGACAUACAUAUAUCAAACCUACAACAAGAGAUCUUAAAGGGAAAUGUGAACCCCCUCAUGAAGAGAUGCUUCUUCAUGAUACUUUGCAACAGGCUUCUACUUCCUAGCAGCAGUAACACCAUUGGUUCAGUUGACAUCAGGAGGACAAUGGAUCACCAAUUGUUCGGAGUUGUUGACUAG